UGGAAGGUGCAGAGGGCGAUCUUUUCCCCCCGGAUUGCAUUGAUAGAGGCACGGCAAAGCUCCCUGCUUGGGAAUUUCCCCUCUAUAAGUGGAUUAAGCUGGAGAGGAAGGUGUGUUUGGGGAGGGAGGAGAGGACGCAGACCAGGAUUUAUUCUUUCUGUCAUUGAAAAAAAAAGGAAGAAAGGAAGAAAGAAAGAAAGAAAGAAAGAGGGAAGCUGCUGGUUGUGACUUCUGAAACAGAAGGUCAGAAAGCCCGGGGUUCCCCUCGUAGCACACACACCCUGUAAACUUUUAAUCAGCUCCAUGGAAACUUGUUAUUAAUGCUGCAGUCAUUAAAAGGUGCAGCCCACGGCAGAUUUAUUAGCUCAGUAAACCACAACACGUGCCAAGCUCUCUGGAAACAAAAGGGUCUGUCAACUUUAGUCCUCUUGCUUCGUAUUUGAGAAGGCUGGGAGGAGAGUGGUGAGGAUGGAGCUGGUGGCGAGGACAAAGUUGGUGGCUUUUGUCGUGGGGAAGUGGCAUUGCCUCCGUUAACCGACGCUCUCCACCACGGUUAGCGAGUGUGAUUUGGUGGCAGCGAAGACAUUGGAGCACGGCGAGCCCUGCUGAGCUCAUGCUGUUCAUCGCGGCAGCGGGACGAACAGCCCCUAGUCUCUCAAAUGGAAAGCUUUCCCCGUGUGCCUGCCAUGAUAAAUCAGCUGCCGUGAGCCUGAAUAACAGCAUUCACUGAAGUUACAGUAGGAAACUUGUCUGGGCGGACACUGUGCCAUUGCUCUGCAGAGAGCAGCCGGUGCCGAUGGCUGGCGUUGUGCUGAAAUAUCGCAUUGAUCGCCGCUCCAAGGGUCAGCUGGCAGCACCGGCUUAUUGCAGCGGAAAAACAUUCUGUGCUUCCCCAGCCCCACAGUGAGCAGCCGUGUUUGCCACCCCAGUGCUAGACAGAGCUGAGAGAAAAAAGGUACAAUGCAGUUCCUGGCCUGGUUCAAUUUGCUGCUUCUCCUUCCUUGUUUUGGUAUGACCAAAACCUGCUUCCCCGGCUGCCACUGUGAAGUGGAAACCUUUGGUCUCUUUGACAGCUUUAGCUUGACCAAGGUGGACUGCAGUGGAAUAGGCUCACAUAUUGUUCCUGUCCCAAUACCUCUGGAUACCUCCUACUUGGAUCUAUCAUCAAACAAGCUGGAAACAAUAAAUGAAUCAAUGCUUAUGGGCCCUGGAUACACCACACUGGUGAGUCUUGACCUGAGCUACAACAAAAUUGCCAAGAUUUCCUCCACAACCUUCUCCAGGCUUCGGUAUCUGGAGUCCUUGGAUCUGAGUCAUAACUCUUUGGAAGUCCUUCCUGAAGACUGUUUCUCCAGUUCUCCUCUAGGCGACAUAGAUUUGAGCAAUAACAAGCUCUUGGAUAUAGCUAUGGAUAUUUUUGCAUCAAAAGGUCAAGGAAAAUCCCUGAAUGUGGAUCUAUCCAAUAAUAUGCUCAGCACAAUUACAAGGCACCAUAAAAAGAGCAUCCCUAACAUCCAGAAUUUAAAUCUUUCUGGAAACAGGCUAACAUUUGUGCCAAACCUUCAAGGCAUUCCUCUCCGAUAUUUAAAUCUUGAUGGGAACCCUCUAGUUAAGGUUGAGAAAGGAGACUUCACAGGGCUGAAAGAUUUGAUUCAUUUAUCCCUCAGUGGCCUGCGUGGCUUUCAAGAGUUAUCUCCUCAUAGCUUCAAGGAACUCUCAGCCCUUCAAGUUCUGGAUUUAUCCAACAAUCCCAACUUGAGUUCACUGACUGCUGAAGUUAUCUUUGGUCUGAACUCCCUACAAGAGCUCAACCUCUCUGGGACAGGUGUGUCAUCCUUGCCAAAGACUGUGCUGAAAUAUCUGCCUUCCAUCAAAAGCAUCACCUUGGGGAAGAACAUACAGUGUCUUAAGACCAUCAAAGAAGGACAGUACCACCGACAAAUUGGGCUGACCAAAAAAGAAGUCCUCAGUUGCCACGACAGCCAUGGGUCCAUAGCAGCAGCACCUUAUGUUUCAUGAUGAAAGCUGAGGAGAAGAAGGGGUGGGACAGGGAGGGUGAGGGGCCAUGGGAUUUGUAUAGGUAUCGGACUGAGAUGGCUUGCAGUGUGCCUUUUGUAAAACUGUCAAUAAUUUAUAUAUUUGUAUAUGCCAAUAGUUGAUUGUUUGUAGAUUUUAUAAACUCUCAAAUCUUGGCCCACGUUAUCUGCAGGCUCCAAACUUUACCUGGUGCGUUUUGGUCCUGCACUCAUCAUGUUGGCCAAGAGCAGUGAUACUGGACAACAUGGGCCAAGCUGCUCUGCAUGUCCCAGAGUAGAACAAUCAGUCUAGAGCAAACCUUCAUGCCUCAGACAUGUUUGUAGGAGCAAAGCUACAUCUCUCCAAAGCACACACCAAAAUGUACCAACUCUGUAGCUGCUUACUUACAAACCCAUGCAUUAUCCUUUUUUUAAUUAUUACUCCCCAAAAUGUGCCUUCUGGAUGUUGCCCUCAUUAGCACCCUGUUCUUUGUCAUGCACUUUCAGUCUUGAAGAAACAUUUCCAGACAAAGCUGAACACAGGGUGCUCCUAAUGUGCUGGGUUUUACAUGUUAUUUGCAUAGGUGUGCAACAAAAACUAAGUCAAGAACUUUUCCCACGACUUUCUCCCUGUUUUUCCAUCCUUAUCCUUUUCAUGUCUAAUUGAAAUAGGUCCAGCUUUGGCAACCUCCUGUCUUUUUAACCUCAGCAAGCCAUUGCUCAGAAAUUAUGUGCAGCAGAGAAAGGGAAGCAGAGGGGUCUACCAACAGCCAUAUCUCAUCCAGGAACCAGCCUUCGAUGAAGGAGGUUGCAAAAGGAAGAGAUCAGGUAGCCUAUCUUAGGAGAAAAGAAAGAAAAAGAAAAAAAUCCCUCCUCCCUUUCUGGGAAAGCUUGGAAGGAAGGAAACUUUGACAAGGAUUCUUGUCUUAACGACCUUAUCAAACCAAGAUGCAGACCUAGAGGAUGUGAGAGUAAGUUGUUUCCAUGCUGACAUUCCCUAUCUGAACACAACAUCUUCUACUCAUCUGGGCAUAUGUGAGGCAACUUCCAGCAUCAAAACGCUCUUGAGAAUGUGGCAGGGGAAGAAUUAGCACUGAUGUCGGUGACCGUGGAGCACUUUGCUUAUCAGAGAAAAUAUCUCGGGGUUUUUUUCCAGAGUUGUGGCUUUUCUUUCUCUCACACAACUACUUGGCUGACAACCGAAAUCUGAUAAAAAUCCUGGUCCUCAAAGAUUUGAUCAUUUUUUACUCCACUGUUGAAAUGCUGGCAAAGAAAAGGGGAGUCCCUGUGGACCUUCUUCUCCUCCAGGCUAGGAAAAAGUGGGAGAAGGCAGCUCAGCAUGACUAAUGCCAUGCGUGAAGCCUUUGACUUGCUUAUAGGAGCAAUGGAUGUGUCUGCUGAGGUCUGGUCCACAUCUGGCACGCUCUGUCCUGGGGGACGGGAAGGGAUGUCGUGAAUGGGGUCCUGCUCAAACUGACCUGUAGUUUGAUCUGUAAACCCAGCCUUGCAUCAGUGUUUGAAACUGAUAUAGGGAGAUGGAUGUAAAGAUGAUGCAGAUAUAAACCCAUCUCACAACUAUCCUUUGGAGCGUUGGAAGAAGCUCAGGUUUCAUCCUCACACGCCCAGUGGUCUUUGCAAAUGGAAACCCUGUUGCUCAAAGCAGCUGACUUCAGGGAUGGUUGAAACCCACUGACUCCACAAAAGUCAGAGUCAAUGCCUCACUUUGGAUACUGAAAUCUGUCUCUCACAUUUCCAUCUAUGUCCAUUUCAAUAAUUUGUUUGGAGACCUUAGGGUGGGAUUUUUACCCCUUCCUUCAGUGUUGGGGCUUUUGCCCCUCUACUGAGCCUUAGCUAUGCUCAACCAGCAUUCACAAUCACAGAAAACACAUUGAUUUUCUUAAAAAGGCAAUAGGACUGCUUAUUGGCAGAGAUCUGGAAGGGAACAGCAACCAACUGCACUGCAAGAUGGGGGCAGUUUGUGAUGAAAGAAGUGGGUUUUUUUAGUUGAUCUUGCCUUUUUAAGAUAAUUCUUUUCUGCUGGCAGAAAAUGUAUUUUUUUAAAAAAAGAAUAUUGUUUAAUUUUUUAAGUCUGUACAUAGAUGAAACAUUAGGGGUAUCACCUACUGUCAAAGUUACUGUCUUUGCAGUGCUGUGGUAAAUUUAAAACUCAAUGUGACAAUCCAAUUGAAGACUGCAAGAUUUCCUUGUAUAAUCUCACGCUAGCUGCUAGCUAAACUAGUCUUGGCCAAAGCUGGCAAAUACUGUCGCUGUGUAAGUUUGGUUUUUUUAAAGAACUUCUGCAGCAUUGUAAGACUUUGUGAUUACUCACAAUAUAAUAAAGUGGUUUGGAGGAGAAUAAA